GCUUGUGGGUCCGCAACGGGACGGGAUUGAUCCGCAAGGAGGGUCAGCAACUCUACUGGACCUUCGUCUCCCCCCAGCUGGGCUACUGGGCAGCGGCUCUGCCCUCUCCGAACACAGGGCUGGUGACAAUGGCUGCGGGUAUGAAGGACAUCACCACGUACCACACCAUCUUCCUGCUCACCAUCCUGGGCGCCCUGGCCCUGCUCGUCCUCAUCCUGCUCUGCCUCCUCAUCUACUACUGCAGGAGGAGGUGCCUGAAGCCCCGGCAGCAGCACCGCAAGCUGCAGGUCUCGGGCACCCUGGACGCCUCCAAGAAGGACCAGGCCACGUCCAUGUCACAGAUCAACCUCAUCUGCAGCAGUCACCUGGAGACGGCGUCGUCCGGCGGCGACACGGACGUUCACACCCCCAUUCUCAAGUCGGCCUUCUCGGCCUCGCGCGAGUUCGAGAGCUCCCGCGAGGAGUUCUUCAAGCAGGUGGCGGCGCCCAAGCUGCGCGGCGUCCCCAAGACGCCCACGGACACCCUGAGCCACCGUGGUGGCCUCGCCAAGGAGGACUAUGGGCGCCUGGGCGAGCCCUUGGGCCUCAAGGCCGCGCGCUCCAUGGACGGCGCGGGGCCGGGUGAGCCGCCCUUGCUGGAUGAGUACAAGCGAAGCUACUCGCACCAGCGUGUGGAGGAGCGCGGCCCGGCCGCCCGCAAGCACCCGCGGCCCGAGGCCACCUAUGGGCAGGAGCCGCCCUCGCCACCGCCACUGCCACCCCCCUUCGAGCACUACGGGGGGCCCAAGGGGGGGCCCAAGGGGGAGCCCAAGGCAGCCGAGUUCCUGCUCUCGCAGUCGGUGGAGCAGCUGGCACGGCCCACGUCGCUGAGCCAGCCCGGGCAGCUCAUCUUCUGCGGCGCCAUCGACCACGUCAAGGAGGACGUCUACAGGAAUGUCAUGCCCACCCUGGUCAUCCCGGCGCACUACAUGCGCCUGGCGGCUGACUACAGCGCCGGCGAGGCGCCGACCGGCACGGGGCCGCCUGAGGGGCCGCCCGAGCUGGAGGCCCCUUGUGCCACCCAUGCUGGGGGACACCCCAAGGACUGA